CACAUUUGCAGGGAUGGCUGGAUAGACGCGAUCACCCCUUAACAAUUCUCUCAUUCUUAUUCCUGGCGCUCAGUGGCCCCAGAUUUUUUUGUUUCCUGCAACCACCCCUCCCCUCCCCCCUGGUCCCCCUCCCCCAGAUAUCGAAGUCUCCCUUGGUCAUUUGAAUGUGCAAACCGAGUGGGGGGCUCUUUAGUCGCGCGCAUCCCUGAAGCCCCUGAGUGCGGCGGCUCUCUUGUGUCGGGACGCGUGAGAAUACCGGCAAAAUAAUCCCGUUGGAAAAAAAUGCUGCCUCUGAGUCUCAACCUGAAACAAUGCUUUAACGCCGGGAGAUUUCAGCAGCAGAUCGAGAGCUACAAGGAGCAGAUCAAGAAGAUUGGCGACGAUGGCAAGAAGCAGCUGGGGACCAUCGAGCAGAAGGAUGAGGCCCCAACCUGUGGCAUCUGCCACAAGACCAAAUUUGCCGAGGGCUGCGGCAACGUUUGCUCCUACUGCCAAACGCGCUUCUGUGCACGCUGCGGUUUCCGAUUCGCUCUGCGGCCCGGCACGCAGGUAAUGUGGCUCUGCACACGGUGCCGGAAGCAGCAGGACCUCCUGGUCAAGUCGGGGACCCUGUUCCACAACCAGCAGCCUCUGGGCCGCCUGGACGGCCUCCUGGUCGGCAGGGGUCCCGAGGCGCAGCCGGGGCUACGCGCCGGGCUGACGGAGCGGUCGCAGUCGCAGUACCAGCUGAGCGCGCGGGACAAGGAGCGCGUCGUGCUCGAGCCCCAGCAGCCGGACAACCGCGACGCCGCCUGCACGGCGCUCAACAACAACGGCGGCGGUGGCGGUGGCGACGGUGGCGCGCCGCAGCUGCGGACGAGGAACGACCCCGUGGCAGACAGACGAAGGCCGGUGUCUGCGGGGGAGCUGGGAUUGCGAGGGCUGGAGCAGCGAGAGGCUCGCAACAAUCUGCGGCAGGCGGCUGUCGUCGGCCAUCCCUCAUCGCAGCCGACCGCGGGGAAUGUGGAGGGCCCCCGGGCACGGGGGGACGCGCCAGACGGCCGCUGCGUCGACUCGAAUCCGCGAGACAAAGAGGCGACGCGGCUGCGGGAGCCGCAGCCCCAGCAACCACCGCAGCCGCAGCAGCAGCAGCCGCAGCAGCAGCGGCGGCGGUGCGAGGAGGAGAGGGCCACGCGCAUCGAGGCACCGCAGGAGGACUGGAAACGAAAGGAUGCCCUGAGACAUCAGCAGCAGCAGCAGCCGCAGGAGCCGCAGCCAGAAGCCGUCUACCGGCACGACCCCGGCAAUGUUCACUUCCCUCCGGUGAGACUGCGGGCAGAGGAGGCUGGAUUAAGGCACUCACCCAUGGAUUCUGCUCGAUCCCGAAACAAGCACCGCUUCAGCGACCCGACGCCGCCGCCGCCGCACGGGGAGGCCCCGGAGGACCCUCGGCAGCCCCCGCAAGGCGACCGGCGCGACGUCUACGCCCGGCAGCAGGCGGCCGCCGACUACCGCGGCCGACGCUCCUACUCGGAGGAGAGGAUCGAGCACCCGCUCUCGGCUCGCGGCAACCCGGCCCCCUUCAGAAACCCCAACCGCGGCAACCCUUCGACGGACCGGCAGAACCCGGGCGCCGCGGAGAGGGCGCCGGCGAGGGCGUCGGACGCGCGGGGGGCCCAGCAGGGCCACCCGGAGGGCGGCCCCCGCAAGGGCAAGCGGGGCAAGCCGGAGAGCGUCCUCCGCAACGACUCUCUCAGCUCCGACCAGUCCGAGUCCAUGAGGCCCCCGCCGCCGCAGCCCAAGCCGCACCGCGCCAGGAAGGGGGGGCGCCGGCGGCAGAAGUCGGUGAGCAGCUCGGAGGAAGAGCUGGCGUCCACGCCCGAGUACAGCAGCUGUGAGGACGCGGAGGUCGAGAGCGAAGGCUUCGGCGACAGAGCAGCCGUAUUCCACCGCCAGCCGCUGCCAUGUCCACCGUCUCCCGACUGCUGCGGCAACCUGGAUUACUACUGGCUUGAGCACUCCUCCUGGCACAACGAUGGGUCCUCUACUCCGGCGCAACCAGUGACCUGGCAGCCGUCCAAUGAAGGCGACCGUCUAAUUGGCAAGAUCGUUCUCAACAAAACGCUCACCGGGAGCGCGAUGCCCAAGGAUUCGGGAGCUUUGCUGGGACUCAAGGUGGUCGGCGGGAAAAUGACCGAGUCUGGGAAACUGUGCGCGUUCAUCACGAAGGUCAAGAAGGGCAGCCUUGCCGACAUCGUCGGUCACUUGCGUGCAGGGGACGAGGUGCUGGAGUGGAACGGGCAGUCCCUCCAGGGGGCCACCUUCCAGGAGGUCUACAACAUCAUCUUGGAGUCCAAGCCCGAGCCGCUGGUGGAGCUGCUCGUGUCGCGACCCAUCGGAGAUCUGCCUAGAAUACCGGACGGCACACAUGGACACCAAGAGUCAAGCUCCAGCUCCUUUGAGUCUCAGAAGCUGGAGCGGCGCUCCAUCUCCCUGAACACGCCCACGAGCCCGGGACUGCGAGACGUCCCGCAGACCAUGCCAGGGCGGCUGUCCAUCAAGCUGUGGUACGACAAAGUCGGCUUCCAGCUGGUGGUGACCACCCUCGGAGCCACAGACCUGCCGCUCCGUGACGAUGGGCAGCCGCGCAACCCCUACAUCAAAAUCUACUUUCUUCCAGACCGGAGCGACAAGAGCAAGCGUCGCACCACCACGGUGGGACGCAGCCUGGAGCCGCAGUGGAACCAGACGUUCGCUUACUGUCCCGUGCAGCGGCGGGAGUUCCGUGAGCACAUGCUGGAGCUCACGCUGUGGGACCAGCAGCGAUCGCCGGGGGAGGAGAGCGUCUUCCUGGGAGAGAUCCUCAUAGAGCUGGAGACAGCCUUGCUCGACGACAACCCUCAUUGGUACAAGCUGCAGACGCACGACCUCUCGUCGCUGCCUCUUCCCCAGCCCUCGCCGUUCCAGCCACGCAAGCAUGGCCAGGGGGACAACGGGCGCAAGCUGCAGAGGUCACAGCGCAUCGAUGACGACAUGUCGGACCAGGAUUACAACGACGCCAUCGGAGUGGUGUCCACAGGAGGGGGGGGCGCGGAGUGCCGGCACGGCGGCAAGGAAGGACGGGGGGGGGCGAGCGGGGGCGGGGGCCUCCACCCGGAGCCCCCCACGGCGCCGCACCACCGCUCGCGCUCCAUGUCGCCGCACCGCUCCGAGGGGGGGGGCGGCGGCGCUCCGCCAUCGCGCUCGCCCGGCAUCCAGCAGCAGAGGAGCCUCGACCAGGUGAUCCCCAAUCGACGCUCGCGCUCGCCUUCGCGCCUGGAGAGAUCCGCCCCCCGUGGGGACCGGCAAAGGGCGGGCGAGGGGCCGUCCUACCCCGUCGAGAGGAACAGGCCGGCACUGCGCUGCAGCCCGUCGCGGGCAGCGCCGGCGGCAGCGGCGAGUGAGGCGCCUCCUGCCGCCUCACGCCGGGGCCGGCAGCUGCCCCAGCCGCCCCCCAAGGACCGCUCCGCGCCGGAGGCAGAGGAGCGAGCGCGGCAGAUGAAGCUCAAGAUGAGCAAGUGCAAGAGCGCCACCAUCGCGUGCUCCGGUCGGGACCUCGAGCGGGAGGUCUACUCGAAGUGCCGCCCGCCGUACCUGCGCAGCACGGAGGUGGCGUCGGGCCGCUCGUCGGACAGCGAGGCCAGCGACCUGUCGGGCCUGUCCCCGACCAGCAGCGGAUCGUGGAUCAGCAGCACCAGCUACAUGUCGGUGCAGUCGGAGCGCCUGCGUAGCGCCAAGCGCAUGAGCAUGUUCACGUCGCGGAUGCACCACCGGCAGGUGCCGGCCACGCCAACAGGCACGGCGGCGCGCGGCGUGCUGAAGAGCACCAGCGUGAGCGGUGACAUGUGCGCCCUCAAGAACGACGGCAGCCAGUCGGACACGGCGCUGGGCGCGCGAGGAGCCGGCGGGAAAAAGCGGCGGCCUAACCUGGGCUCCAAGAUGGUGGCCAUGGUGGGCCUGCGCAGCCGAAGCGCUUCGCAGAUCACGCAGACAGACUCAAGCGGGCGCAAGCUGCGCAGCACGGUGAAGCGCAGCACCGAGACAGGCAUGGCCACGACGCUGCGCAGUCAGCUCACGCGCCAGGAGUCCACGGACGACAGCAUCACGAGCGGCAUGUCCGAGGGCAGCUUAAUGUUCCCUGGCCUGAUGUUUGGUGGCGGAGCACAGAUAACAGACUUCCUGGACGGUCUGGGACCGGCUCAACUCGUGGGCCGACAGACCCUCGCCACGCCGCCCAUGGGAGAAAUUCAAAUAAGCAUGGUGGACAAGAAAGGCCAGCUGGAAGUAGAGGUGAUUCGGGCCAAGGGACUGUUUGCCAAACCCUCGUCUAAAACUCUGCCAGCUCCCUACGUCAAGGUCUACCUCCUGGAAAACGGCGCGGUCAUCGCCAAGAAGAAGACGAAGAUCGCGAGGAAGACGCUGGACCCGCUCUACCAACAGCCGCUGGUGUUCGAGCAGAGCCCCAGCGGGAAGGUGCUGCAGGUGAUCGUGUGGGGCGACUACGGACGCAUGGACCACAAGAGCUUCAUGGGGGCGGCGCGCAUAGUCCUGGAGGAGCUGGACCUGUCCAACAUGGUGAUUGGCUGGUACAAGCUCUUCCCAACGUCCUCGCUCAUCGACACCACGGUGGCGCCGCUGACGCGCGGGGCAUCGCAGACCUCGCUCGACAGCUCCACCUCCUUCGCUCGAACAUAGCGGCGGUCGAGUGGAAGACACGGUGGGGGCGGGGGGGGUGGUGAGCGAGAAGCCGGCGGGCAAGCGCCAGCGGGAAGGCGGAUGUAACGCAGCACAAGCACGGAGGGGAGGAGGGGAGAGCACGAGAACACAGCGCGACAGCACAGCACGCGAUAUUGCAGCACAAUGCCACGGGGCAGCGGCGACGCGACCCACCUGCUUUGCUUACAAAUUGUCGGGGCACUUUUGUACAGACUUUUAAAUGUUAAUUACCCGUCCCGCUGUGAGUAGUGUGGUUCAAGUCCAAACAAGUUUCGUUUCGAGAAUGUCCAGGUUAUGGAAUUUACAGCAUACUUUGCACUUUUUUGUUAACGACAAUAAAAUCCGUGGCAUUUUUUGUACCUUUUUAUUCUGCUUAAAAUGUUACGCCGCAAGUUUUGAUUUUGCUUUUGCCUAAAUUAGCAAUAUUCUCAUGGAGUCUUUGAGUUUUUUCGUUUACAUUUUUCUUGUCAUUGCCAUAAGGGUUUAAUGUUGGGAACGCGUGGCACGUGAGCACGAACACGUUUUCAGAAGCAAAAGUUACUUUGCGAAUUGAAAUGACAAUCAAAUAUGUGUUUGAAUAUGUCAAGAGCUACAUAUAUUAGCUGAACAAAACAAUCCCCACGUUUUUAUGCGUUCAAAUUUACGUGAAUGUCGAUAAUAAAUUAAGUAGAAUUAAUGAUUUAUCCUCACAGAUUAUUAUAUUAUUAAUAGCAAUACAUAAACAUUUAAUGAUGAUUAAUAUAUAAUUUGUUUACACAUGCUUUAAAUGAUAUUAGCUUUAAAAUAUAUAUUAAAAAAAACAACACUGCAAUGGAGUCUGCAAAUAAAUUGGAACACUAACAGCAAUUGCAACGAUGUGCAUAAAAGCGCUCGACACUGCAUCAUCUCAACUUAAUUCUCCCACUAAAUAAUCCGACUUGGGCUCAGUUUGCGAGUUAAUUACAGGGCUGUGUUUACAAAAUAUACAAAAUAAUACGCUGACGUUUGCAAAGCUGAUAUUACCCAGUGGGUAUAUUACGUGUGUGGUUAUUUGUAAGCUGAAAGCGUAUGUUCUCUUUGGAACAACUACUACGACUACCAUCAAGCUGUAAACAUUCUGGUGUUUAAACUGUUAUUGUGGACAAGGAGGCAGAGAAAUAUAAAAUCUAUGCACGUGGUCAUCAGAAUGUGGCAUGCGAGAAGUAAACACAACUUUGAACCACACUUGUUUUUUCCUAAAAAUUGAAUUUCUCACCAAAUUAGACUUCCAGCGAGUACAGCGUGGAAAUAUCAGGAACUGAAUACUUGCCAUCGUCAUUAAUCACUGCAGUACGAAGCGGCGCAUUUAAAACAUAUGAUUUUAAGCACAGGCCAUACUAAGAUAAUAUGGUGUUACUUGACAUCAGACAAACAUUUAAAAGCAAAGUGAUCAAAUACACCGUAACGCAUUGCGUCUCUCUGGAUCAUGGCCACCGUUUGAGCGCUGUUGACUGGUUCCUUUGAAUCCAUAACCUCCAGGGGUUCGUCCAUAGCACAUUCCUGCAACUUUGCAUUUAAACAUUAAUUUUGAUUCUUUCUCUCUCUAUGUUGAAACUACAUAGUUGUGCUUUUUCUUCUUAUGCCAUUUCUGUGAAAUGUGGGAAUGUUUUAUCAAUAUGGGGCUAUGACAAACGAUGCCUGACACACGUACGCACACAGAGACACUUUCACGCACAUCUAUAUUGAUAUGAUUAACGAUUAUUAUGAUUUGAAUGUGUUGAUACAGAACACGAUGGCCAUGACUGCUGCUAAUCGUACGCUGGUGUGCGUCGGGUGUGAAGCGGCAUGCUAAACAGUAUCUCGCCGUGCAGUUUUGAUUACAGACAACAUGAGCUUGCAUGCACUGCUGACCAACGAUCUGGUCUUAUUGCAUUUAAUUAUUUCUUCGGCAUUGUUUACAACUUUUUAUUUGUAUGAGGUUUUAGUUUUUUGCCAUACGAACUUCCGAACUUACCGCCACAGAGCGUUGCUUUGCCACUCUUUGCAUCGUCUGAUUUCUGUCAACGGGAAGAGGCCCUUUUAGCCCUUCCUUGCUCAUUUAUAGUACAGUAAUAAUGGUGUGUGGUACGUUGAUGAAAAAUAACAAUUGAUUUUGAGAAAAGUAAUAGCUACAAGGUGUAUGCGUCAAUUGUCCCUUGCAUCUGCAUGCACUAUAAGCAUUGUCCGUAUUGUAACUAGGAGUAUUGUGCUGACUUACACAUAUCUUGCUCGACGUUUUUUUAAAACACUUUAAACAAAAAAAAACCCUUUAUUUAUCGACUUCCAAAGUGUCAGUCUUUGUAUAGUCAUGCAUGUUUUAUGCAAUUCUUUAAAAAAAAGCAAUCUUUAAUAUGUACAAUCUUCUUGUAACAGAAGGUUGGUUUUGUAUAUUCAUGUAGGUUAACAUAUGUGCCACAUUCCAUUCCUCGUUUUUGGAGGAAUGUAUGAAUAUUUUUUUUGUUCAAAUCUCCAAAAACAUAUGCAGUUAUAAAUGUGUACAAAAAUAUUACGAAAAAGGAUUUUGAUAGGAAAGUGUGCAUGGUCUGUUGUUUACUAAAACUACGUGGACAAAGCAUUUCAUAAAGUUCACUCCCACCCCCCUUUGGUGUCACCGUUCAUCGGGCGAGUGAAACGUCUGCAGGUGGUCACGGGCAACUUACAGCGAGCUUGGCAAGGGUUUAAACAACACUCCGAUCACAGCAAAUGUUCCGUCCCCAGCACGCAUUCCAAGUCCAACGCCCUUCCGACACAGGUUCGCAAUACUAACGACCAUCGUUCUGCAAAUGUGCACAAUAUAUAUCCGCAAACAUCGAUUUCACUAGCUGUUCCACAUUUUGAAAAAAAAAAGUCAUUCUUUCGAGUUUCAGACAUUAUGCGAUGGUCUUAACAUAAUAAAAUACUACUUUGUGUUGUUAAAAUGUUUACAACAGGUUUACAAUGUCUGUACUUAUUUAAAUAUCAGUACCUGUAAAGUUAAGCCUUCCGUAUUAUACAUAAGAGCUGUAACAAAAGUGGACGUCAUUAGACAAACGAAAACAGCUUCUUUAAGAGCUUUUGCUGUACAUUAAAUAUGCCGAUUUCCUAAGUUGUCUGGCUCUUAUUAUUUUCCUCUGAUGUGAAGGCACCCAAUUUAUUGUGUAGUCAACGUCACUCUUGAAUUUUCUAAAUCGUUGCACUGCCCCCCGCCCCCCGUAAACAACUAUUGGGAAGCUGAAGCGUGGCGAUUAUAAGAAUGGAGGCAUCGCACGAACAAUUUAAAUUGCAACAGAGUUGACCCACACAUUUAGUAAACGCAGUUCUGGAGCAGCAGCAAGCUUUUGUUACAGCUCUGAUGGGUUGUGUGUGUUGGUAUGUUUUAUCCUCAUAUGUGUGUGUAGGGCGUGCCACGGUUGUAAUUGUAGCAUUUUGACGUAUGGCAUCAUGUACAUAGAGUUUGCAAAUACACCUGAUUAAAGGAAGUCGCUGA